AUGGAGUACAAAGUCAUCCCAAAUCCUAUACUUCCAGCGGCGGGAGUCCGCAGGAACAUCGCAGCGGACGGUGGUGCUUGUCCUCCUCCUGGAGGACACCAUGACGACAGGACCUCAAACCCUGGAAUUGUCCCAGGGAGGGUCCUGUCCGAACAGAGCACCCCGUCCAAUGCACUCAUGCGCUGUCGGAGACCAUUUGUUAUGAGAACCUUCAACGCAUGCACAGCGAGAGAAGAAGCGAGAUUGAUAGAACUUGCACACUGUGCAGAGGAACGGGGAGUGGAGAUCCUGGGGGUCCAAGAACACAGGAGAGUGCACACUGAUGACCCCAUCCUAUACUGCAGAGUGGAGAGAUGCACAUUCAUUUCUGCAUCUGCGUGGAGGAACGAGGCCCAGGCCGCAACAGGCGGUGUAGGGUUAAUGCUGGGCCCACGGGCACGUAGGGCUCUCCGUCGGGUUUACCACCACACCGACAGGAUUCUGAGCGCAGAGUUCUCGGGCAACCCAGUAAUAACAGUCAUAGUCGUGUACUCACCCACCAACGUGGCACCAUCUGACGUGGUGGAGAAGUUCUUUGAGGACCUUGUAAGAGCGGUCCGUGGUGUCCCAGCGCACAACUUCCUGGCAAUCCUUGGGGACUUCAAUGCAAGGCUUGGACCAGAGGACGCACCCUUCCCUUACCACGACUCUACCAACCGCAACGGCACCUACCUCACUGCCUUCCUCAUGGAACACGAGCUACUGGCGGCGAAUACCAUCUUCCGGAAGAGAACAGGAAAGUGGUGGACCUUCCGAGACCGAGCCUCAGGAACACUACGGCAGCUAGAUUACAUCCUAGUGAGGAAGAAAUGGAGGAACUCCAUCCUGAAUGCUGAGCCAUACAGCACUUUUAGUUCUGUGGGCUCAGACCACCGUGUGGUCUCAAUGAGAGUUUGCCUGAGCCUCAGGGUCCCCAAACCAAGUCCCAAGAUCCGGUAUAACUGGAAAGCUUUCUCAAGUGAUCCUGGCCUUCAAACCAGAUACGCAGAGGAGAUGAGGAGACGAUUCCAGAAGCUGGACAGGGGAGCGGAGGCCAGUGGAGAAUACAGGAGAUUCGUCACUGCAAAUGAGGAGGCGACCAGGCUGUGCGUGCCCAUGAUGGAGAGAGUCAGUACCUCCAGACGAUCCAAACACCCAGAGGUCGUAGCAGCACGACGGAUGGUGGAGGAAGCCCGCCUCAACUUUGAGCGGGAACCAACUGUGGAGAGACGUGGCGAGCUGAAUGAAGCCAAACAGUUUCUUUUCAGAUGCUAUGAUACCAUCAAAGGGGAAGAACUGAUGGAGAGAGUGCGGAGGGUGCAGGCGGCGCAACGUGAACAACAGUAUGGGGAGGCCUAG